AGAACCUUUUACAAAGAGAAAGAUAUAGCAUUAAGUGCAAUGAAAUACCAAGAACAACUAGACAGCAAAAACAAAACCUAAAACAUCAACAAAACAACAAACCUAGAAAAGAAAUUAAAAGAGCAAAAAAACAGCUAACUCAGACAUUCAAUAAUCUGCACUCAUAUUGGCCUAUUUGACGGAGCAAUCAUUGAAGAUCAAUCAUAGAUUGGUGGGUUGGAAAGCAAUCCCAUUGUAAUUGGAAUGGACGGAGCAAUUUUAAAGACAGUUACCUUCAAUCUUCUGUUGGUUCUUUCAAUCUGCAGCGUUCUGCAUGUACAACCAGAAUUCAUCAGCCUGGACUGUGGCGCAGUAGGUGGAUAUAAUGAUGCCCGUGGCAUUAGCUGGACCUCAGAUGAACAAUACAUUAAUUCAGGUGAAAAAAGAAUCAUUUUGACUGAUCAGUCAGAGGUGGACCAGCCAAUGAAACAUCUUCGCUGUUUUCCUCAAGGCAAGCGAAAUUGCUACAAUUUACCUGCUGUGCGGGGAAUAAAAUACUUAAUCCGCGCGUGUUUCUUAUAUGGUAACUAUGAUGGCCGUGAGUCACAACCACAAUUUGAAUUGCUGGUUGACGCCAAUUUUUGGGCCACUGUUGUAAUAAACAAUACUACCAAGACCUUUUGCAACGGAAUAAACGCCAUGGCAAGAGGUCCCUCCAUUAAUGUGUGUCUUGCUCGCAGUACGGAUCAUGUUCCUUUCAUUUCAACCUUGGAAUUACGCCUGCUCAUGCCAGCUAUGUAUGAGUUUGUAGGACAAUAUCUCUCUUUAAUCAGCAGAGUACACAUGGAUUAUGGAAAAUUGUCAGAAAACCCUAUUAUAAGAUAUCCAGAUGAUCAAUUUGAUAGGCUAUGGGUCAAGGGAGAAAUAUAUGAUACGGAUUAUAGGAACACCGUAAAUUCCAUUUCUUCAACAGAGGAGUUCCAAAUACCAUCAGCUGUGUUAGAAACCGCCUUGGUGAGCAGCAACAAGAGCGUGGGAAAUAUUAGAUGGAAUUGGAGAGUUCCAGAAAUUGGUGAAUACUAUUUUUUGAUGUGCUUUGCUGAAGUAGAAGAACUUGACGUUAAUGCAAUAAGGGAGUUCAAUAUAAGUAUCAAUGGAUAUUCAUACCAGUCUCCUGUUACAUUACAUAGCUACCUCGAUUCGAUUGUCGUCAAGUAUGGACCCAUCAACGCUGAUAGCUUGGAAAACGUCCAAUUUUCUCUUGACCCUACCAAUCGAUCGAGCGUGGGUGCAAUUAUUAAUGCUCUGGAUAUCUACCAAUAUAGGAGGCUACCCAACAAUGGAACUAAAAGUGAAGAUGUGAAUGCCAUUGCUGACAUUGUGAGGCACUUCAAUCUGGAGAAAGAGUGGAUGGGUGAUCCGUGUCAACCACAGAAAUAUAGUUGGGAUUGGGUGGAUUGCAAUCAAGACUCCUCACCAAGGAUUAUUGCAGUGACACUACCCAACAGGCAUCUGAAUGGAACCAUACCUCCAAGCUUUUUCAAUCUCUCUGCUCUUGUUAAGUUGGACUUGGCAAGAAAUAAUUUGAGUGGUUCAAUACCAGAGGCUCUGGCUACUCUCUCCAAUCUUAAACAACUGAAUUUGGCAGACAAUGACUUAAACGGAUCAGUGCCAAUUGGUCUGUCUGAACAAAAGCAACGUGGAAAACUCAUUCUGAGUGUUUAUGGCAAUGAAAAACUUUGCCAAGUAGGCAUUUGCAAGGAUGGCCGAAAAGGAAAGAGUAGUAAAACACUAUUUGUUUGGUUAAUAGUGGCAGGAAUUGCAAUACUUAUAUCCUUUACUGCAUUAUUAAUCUUUAUAAAAAUUAAAUCAAGCAGAAAAAUUCGAAAAGGGAAAACUGAAACAGGACAUUUAAAUCUUGACAAUUUUGAUGGAUGUCGAUCAUUCAGUUUCAUAGAGGUAAGAGCUAUGACUAGCAACUUUCAGACGGAGAUUGGAAAAGGAGGAUAUGGAUCUGUUUAUCUUGGUUGUCUUCAAGACAAGGAUGUGGCCGUCAAAAUCUUGUCUGAUAAAUCACAUAAGGGUGCCACACAGUUUUCCACAGAGGUAGAAAUUCUCUACAAAUUACACCAUAAGAAUCUCAUAAAAUUUAUGGGUUACUGCGAAGAGGAACAAAAUUUGGUUCUUGUAUAUGAAUACAUGUCCAUUGGAGACCUGCGACAUUUUCUGGAUGGUCAAACUUCUUCAAGAAAUUAUCUGGGCUGGGAAAGAAGACUCAACAUUGCAUUAGAUGCUGCUCAAGGAUUGGAAUAUCUACAUGUAGGAUGCAAGCCAAGCAUUAUUCACAGAGAUGUAAAGAGCUCCAAUAUUUUGUUGAAUGACCAAAUGGAAGCAAAAAUAGCAGAUUUUGGGUUGUCAAGGAUGGGACCAUUGGAUGGAGCUACACACGUAUCCACCCUUGUAAAGGGUACCAUUGGAUAUCUAGAUCCAGAAUAUUAUACUACAAAUCGAUUGACAGAAAAGAGUGAUGUUUAUAGCUUUGGAGUUGUUUUGAUGGAGAUUAUUAGUGGAAAACAUCCUCACUUUGUAGAUGAUUCAACAUCUAACAGUGAACACAUACAAAUCACUAAUUGGGUAAGGGCAUCCUUAUUAAAGGAUGACAUAGAGAACAUUGCAGAUCCUAAUUUACAUGGAAAUUAUGAUAAAGAUGCAAUGUUGAAAGUGGCAAAUUUGGCAAUGGUUUGUACUUCACCUCAAUCAAAGAAUAGGCCUACAAUGAAUGAGGUGGUGUUAGAAUUAAAGGAAGCACAUCACUACUCAAACGUGGAAUUCCAUGAAAUUGCAUCCUCUCAUUCUCAUCCUUCUUUACAAAGCUCUCAUAAUGUGGACUCAGAUGUAUCAUUAUAUUCAAUUGGUAGAUGAGGUAGAGGAAGAUGUUACAAAAUGGGCAGGGGAACACUCACAAGAAACCAAAAUAGCAGUAAUGAAAUCCUACCUCUAUUGUGGCUUAUUUCGUUUUAUUCACAUCAAUAGCCUAUAAUAACCUUUUGUAAAGAAAAUUAACAUUUUUACACACACACACACA